UACCACACACAUAUCGUUAAAACAUGUCUAUGUUAAGAAACAUAAUGUUCUCAAUAUUAUGGGUCCUCAUUAUGUUCCUUACGUUAGCACCAUUAUGUUUGGCUAACCUUCAUGAUGAUAACGUUACCUUAUAUGAUAUGAAGUAUAUGGAAGAAGAAUAUGGGCAUGACUUUCGGGCAUACCCUUCAUAUAUGAUUAGUCCCAUCAAUGGGGGCUGGCGAGGAAGUGAAAACAAGCUCCGGUUGAAAGGCUUGUCCUCAAGGAGUUUAGCUUCAGCAGCAACCAUCAAUGUCGAUGACUAUGGCGCUAGGGGCGAUGGGGAACACGAUGAUACAGCGGUAUUGGCCCAGCUAUUUUUUCCUUAAGCCCAAAUUUACUAUGGUGUACCCGACCCAUUAGCCCAGCUGUUUCCAAACCGUUCGCAUCACUCUGGCUUUCCUCCCUGCGAUUCUUUCCAUCGCGGUGCUCUUGUGCGAUAUUACAGUGUAUCACCUUGUAUGGUAAGUGUUACCAUCUUUGCUUUUUGAGCCUUGCCUAUAUAAUCAAUUCUUCUUCUCUGCCGAAGGUAGGGUCUUGCCGAAUCCCUUACUCUCUGAUUCGCACCUUAACCUCCUCCGUGGAACCCUAGGUGAAUUGGCCGGAAAUAGCCCGCUGGCUGACGCCCCUUUCUCCUUCUUGUGAUCCUAGUGUGUGAAGUUCAUCCUUUGUGGGUGAAAUAGACGAGACCUGAGCUGGAUAUCAAACUUACAGUGGUAUCAGAGACUUGCCGCCUCCUGCCGCCGUCUGCCGCCGCGUCACCGCCGUCCAGAGGUCGCCGGAGGUUCGUCCAGAGUUGCUGCCGCCUCCCAGAAGUUUCCAGCCGUCCAGACCAGUCUGCCAAGUGACCGGUUCUGCCAGGGAGUCUGCCAAGGAGCUGCUGCCACCGGUCCAGCUUCUGCCGCCGCCCAGGGAGCGCCGCUGCCGCCUUCCAGCUUCUGCCACCGAGCCAUACAGCAGCCCACGCUGCCUACGGUAAGUCGGGUAACCCAACCUCGGGCCCCGCUCAGGUAAAUUGGCGUUUAACACCCUUGGAGUACCGGAGUGCCACCGGAUUUAAUUUUUUCCCCGCUCCCCGCUGCUGACCUACGUGGUCUUGGAUGCCGGCUGUGUCUGGCCCCUGGUACGUUUACUAAUCCUUUGUGUGAUUUUUAUUCGUAGUUCAUUUGUUUUAAUUUCAAGUUGAAUUGCUAUUUACUUGUUAGUUGAAUUGUGAUUACUUGUUGAAUCGUGAAUUAAUUUUCCGGUGAAGAAUAUUUUGUUUGGAUACUCGUUGUCCAAAGUUGUGAAUAUUUCUUCCGGUUUAAAUUUAAUCACGUGUUGAAUUUUUUAUUUUGAUUUUUCUGUUGAUUGAUUCGUGGAUAAACUCUCCGGUUAAGAAUAUUUGUUUGGAUACUUGUUGUCCGAAGUUGGGAAUAUUUCUGUCCGGAUUAGUUUUAAAUCCAGUUUCUUUGACUAUUGAUUUAAUUUUAGCCUAUUUGUGCUUGUACGAAAGAACAAGGAGAUUGUACCCCGAACUUUGUGUUCAUUGGUCUUCUCGGCUUGUUCGUGCUAGUUGCUUCGUACAAUUGAUAGCCCUAUAGGUUAUAAUUAAUCAUUUAUCUGUCUGUUGAGUAAAUAAAAAUUUUAUCUGUGCUUGUACGAAAGAACAAGGAGAUUGUACCCGAGCCUUGUGUUCAUUGGUCUUCUCGGCUUGUUCGUGCUAGUUGCUUCGUACCGGUUGAUAGCCCGAUAUUUUUUUUUUAUUUACUCUCUUGCGUGUUGUGCUUGCUUUCCGGUUAAUAUGGCUGUCAAUCAAUAUGGCAUGCUUCCAUUUAACGGAAAGACAGAUUUUGAUAUCUGGAAACAGAAAAUCAAAUGCGUGUUGAUCCAACAGAAAGUCUAUAGAGCUGUGACUGGUCUCUAUUUAGACUCUGAGGAUGCUGCUAAACGCGUUGAGAUGAAUGAAACUGCUUGUUCCUCUAUAUACCUGAACCUUUCUGAUUCAGUGCUCAGGAAGGUGGGUAUUAUAGAUUCCGCGAAGGAUUUGUGGGACAAGUUAGAUAAGUUGUAUACCGAUACUUCUUUGCCUGGUAAAUUGUUUUUGCUUGAGAAGUUCUUUAGAUUUAGGCUUGACCUGUCUAAGGACAUUGAUGAGAACCUAGAUGUGUUUAACAAGCUUAUUCAGAAUAUUAAGCAAGCUGGUGAUAAACACAUAGAUGACUACACACCCAUAGUGUUACUUAAUGCCAUCCCUGACUCUUACAAUGAUGUCAAAUCUGCCAUAAAGUAUGGUAGAGAUGAUAUCUCGUUGGAUGUAGUCGUUAAUGGAUUAAGGAGUAAGGAGUUAGACCUUAGACACUCGAGGGGUAGUAACAGUCAGUCUAGGGACUCUGGUGAAGCGUUGUUUGUGAGGGGUAGGUCUAAGAGUAGAUCUAGAAACCAUAAGAAGGGCAACAACGAUAAGAACAAAAACAAUGACCCGGGGAAAAAGAGAGGUAAGUCUAAGAAGAGAGUGUGCUAUAAUUGUGGUAAUUCUAGUCACUUCAUUAAGGAUUGUCCCCAUCCGAAGAAGUCUGAACAUGCUAAUGUGGUAGAUGAUAAUAACUUGCAUGAAGAAGUUUUUAUGAUUUGUGAUUCUGCCAAUUCUGUGUUGAGUAGCAUGACUGAAAAUGAGUGGUUGAUUGACUCUGGUUGUACUUAUCAUAUGACACCUUUUAGAUCCCUGUUUUCUUCUUAUUAUUCUUGCAAUGAUGGUUUUGUGUCUCUUGCUGAUAAUAAGAAAUGCAAAAUUCAUGGGGUGGGUGAUGUAUGUUUGAAGUUUGAUAACGGGACUGUGUUUACUAUGAAAAAUGUGAGGCAUGUUCCUGAUUUGCGUCAUAACUUGUUUUCUGUUGCUGCUUUUGAGGGUAGUGGGUUAGAGGGUAAAUGGGGUAAUGGGUGCAUGAAAGUUUUGAAAAAUUCCCUUGUUUUGUUUAAGGCAAAAAAGGUGAAUAACUUGUAUGUGUGCCAUGCUCAGCCUUUCUGUGAUUCUGCUCAUGUUGUUAGUUCUGAUAAAUCUGCUUUGUGGCAUAAUAGAUUAGGACACAUGAGUAAUAGGGGUUUAGAGAUUUUGCAUAAAUCUGGUUGUUUUGGUAAGGAUUCUGUGUCCCCCAUCCCCUUCUGUGAAUCUUGUGUGUUAGGCAAGCAGCAUAAGGUUACAUUCCCCUCCUCCCCAUAUCCUAAUCCUACUAAGUGUACCUCUGUGUUAGAGUAUGUUCAUGCGGAUGUGUGGGGUCCUGCUAGUGUCUCUACCCACGGGGGUAAGAGAUAUUUUCUGUCCAUCAUUGAUGAUUUUUCUAGGAAGGUGUGGGUCCGUCUCCUUGAACAUAAGUCCGAUGUCUUUGUGAAGUUUGGGGAGUGGAAAAACCUUGUAGAAAAUCAAACUGGUAAGAAGGUCAAAACCUUUAGGACAGAUAAUGGUCUAGAGUUUUGCAAUAAGGAUAUGGACCAACUGUGUGUUGAUUGUGGGAUUAGAAGGCACAAAACUGUGCCCUAUACUCCCCAACAAAAUGGGAUAGCCGAGAGGAUGAAUAGGACUGUUCUAGAUAAGGUUAGGAGUAUGCUUGCCACCGCCGGUUUGUCUAAAAAGUUUUGGGGUGAAGCAGUUAACACUGCUGUCUACUUGAUUAACCGGUCUCCUUCUGUUCCCUUGGGUGGGAAGUGCCCUGAAUCUAUUUUUUCAAACAAACCCCUUGAUUUGUCUAAUCUUAGAGUGUUUGGGUGUGCAGCGUAUGUGCACCAACAAGGUGACAAGUUGGAUCCUAGGUCUAAGAAAGGAGUCUUCCUAGGUUAUCCCGAGGGUGUGAAGGGGUACAGGGUUUGGGAUAGGAACCAGGUAGGUUUCAAAGUUGUGGUGAGUAGAAACGUUGUUUUCAAUGAAUCCGAGUUUCCUUGUCUGGUUAAGUCAGUUCCUGAUUCUGAGUCUGAUCCUAGUAGUACACCCGUUGAGGUGGAGUCCAUACCACCUGCUGCUAGCCCUUUGUUUGCUAAUCAUGAUAAUGUUGUUUUGCAUGAUUCUAAUUCUUCUGAAUUGCAUGAUUCUGAGUCUUCUGAGCAUGAUACUACCACCACUUCGAGUGAGGUGGAGCAUUCUCAUGUGCAUUCAAAUGACAAUGAAUCGCAUGAUGAGAGUGCGGAUGCUAGUGAGAAUGAUUUGCAUGAUUAUCAACUUGCUAGAGAUAGAAGUAGGAGAGUAAUUAGGAGAACUGCUGAUAGUAUGCCUGAUUAUGCUUUCCAUAUGUGUGAUACUUCUAUGUUUGCUUUCUCUGUGUUUGAGACCCUUGAGCUUAAUGAACCUAGAACCUAUAGAGAGGCCCUUAAGUCUAAUGAGUCCGCUAAAUGGCUUUGCGCCAUGGAAAGUGAGAUGGAGUCACUUAGAGCGAAUAAGACUUGGACGUUAGUUCCUAGACCGCCCAAUAGUUCCGUUGUUGCCUGUAAGUGGCUGUUUAAGGUUAAGGAAGAGCCUAACGACAUUAGAUAUAAGGCUAGGUUAGUAGCUAAGGGAUUUACUCAAAAGGAAGGUGUUGAUUAUGCUGAAAUCUUUGCUCCUGUAGUUAAAUUUACUACGAUUCGUAUGAUGCUUGCUCUUGUUGCUCAUAAUGAUUGGGAAAUGAAACAAAUGGACGUCACCACUGCAUUCUUGCAUGGUGAUUUAGAUAAGAAAAUCUAUAUGUCGCAGCCUGAGGGCUUUGUGGAUCCCAUGAAGAGUGAUCAUGUGUGUUUGCUUAGGAAGGCCUUGUACGGCCUGAAGCAGUCCCCGAGGCAGUGGAAUAUCAAAUUUGACCAGUGCAUGUCAUCUUUGAAAUUUCACAAGUCCGAAUGCGACCAUUGCCUAUACUUUAAAAAUACUUCCUCUGUGCCUGUAUUUUUAUUGCUAUAUGUGGAUGAUAUGUUGAUUGUUAGUCCUUCGGGUGACGCCAUUAAAUGUGUGCAAAAGCGUCUCAGUGAGAACUUUGCUAUGAAAGACCUAGGUGAUGCCAAAAGGAUCCUAGGCAUUAACAUUGUUAGGGAUAGGAGUAAGCGUGUGUUAGUUCUCAAUCAGAUUUCAUACAUUGAAAAGAUUUUGAGUAAAUAUAACAUGCAUUCUGCUACUCCCGUUUCUAUCCCGAUGGCGUCUCACUUUGUGUUAAGUAAGGAUCAGUCUCCUAAGACUGCUCCUGAAAUUGCUAAAAUGAAAUCUGUGCCUUAUUCCAAUGCUAUUGGGUCCGUGAUGUAUCUCAUGGUGAGUACUAGACCCGACAUUGCCUAUGCUGUUAGUUGCUUGAGUAGGUAUAUGUCUAAUCCUGGUUUAGAUCAUUGGAAUGCUCUUAAGUGGUUGCUUAGGUAUUUGAAAUCUUCUGUUAAUCAUGGGUUGGUUUUCACUAGGUGUUCUGAGGGGGUUAAGUUGAGUGGGUAUGUGGAUUCUAAUUUUGCUAAUGAUAGAGACAAUAGGAAAUCCAUUACCUCUUAUGUGUUUACUCUUUGUGGGUCGUGCAUUAGUUGGAAAUCUCAACUUCAACCCAUAGUUGCCCUAUCCACCACUGAGUCGGAGUAUGUGGCCGCUACCGAAGCGUUUAAGGAAGCCAUUUGGCUUAAACGUCUCCUAAUGGAGAUUGGUAGUCUUAAGCAGGACAUUUGUGUGUUUUCUGAUAGUCAAUCUGCUAUUCAAUUGUGUAAAAAUCCUGUUUUUCAUGAUAGAACUAAGCACAUUGAUGUUAGAUUUCAUUUUAUACGUGAUAUCGUUAGUGCAGGUCAUAUCAAGUUGAUUAAAAUUCCGUCGGAAUUUAAUCCUGCUGACAUGGGGACUAAAUGUCUCUCUGUCGAAAAGUUGCUGUCGUGCAAACGCACGUUAAACAUUGAUUGCGGAUAAGUUGCCUGAUGAUCUUACCCCUUUUGCCUGAAUAUGUCUUUGUGAUUAUUCGGGCAAUCCAGCGAUGAUGAGUCUCAAAUUGUUUUAGAGCGUUGUGCUCUACACCACUAGGGUCCAAUAAGGUGGAGAAUGUGUUAGGUAUUGGCCCAGCUAUUUUUUCCUUAAGCCCAAAUUUACUAUGGUGUACCCGACCCAUUAGCCCAGCUGUUUCCAAACCGUUCGCAUCACUCUGGCUUUCCUCCCUGCGAUUCUUUCCAUCGCGGUGCUCUUGUGCGAUAUUACAGUGUAUACCUUGUAUGGUAAGUGUUACCAUCUUUGCUUUUUGAGCCUUGCCUAUAUAAUCAAUUCUUCUUCUCUGCCGAAGGUAGGGUCUUGCCGAAUCCCUUACUCUCUGAUUCGCACCUUAACCUCCUCCGUGGAACCCUAGGUGAAUUGGCCGGAAAUAGCCCGCUGGCUGACGCCCCUUUCUCCUUCUUGUGAUCCUAGUGUGUGAAGUUCAUCCUUUGUGGGUGAAAUAGACGAGACCUGAGCUGGAUAUCAAACUUACAUUGGUUACUCUUAAUAUAUUAGGUAAUUUAUACAUUAUCGUAAUUUUUCAGGCUUUUAAAAAAGCUUGGAAAUCAGCAUGUUCAUCUACUGCAAGAUCGGUUUCGUUUGAAGUUUCACAGGAUGAGAAGUAUCUUCUAAAACCAAUUUCAUUUUCAGGGCCAUGCAAAUCAGCUAUUACAUUUCAGAUCUAUGGAAGUAUUGAAGCAUCUGAUAAUCGGUCAGACUACAAAAAGCAUCAAAGGCAUUGGCUACAGUUUCAAAGUGUCCAAAAUUUGAUGGUGGAAGGUGGCGGAACACUUGAUGGAAAUGGGAAAAUAUGGUGGCAAAAUUCUUGUAAAAUCAACAAAGCUCUUCCAUGCAAAGAUGCUCCCACGGCUUUGACCUUUUACAAGUGCAAAAGGUUGACCGUGAAAGACCUUAAAAUCCAAAAUGCACAACAGAUACAUGUCUCCUUCCAGAAGUGCACAAACGUUCGAGUUUCCAACGUUGCCGUAGCCGCGCCGGAGACCAGCCCUAACACCGACGGCAUCCACGUAACCGGCACAAAAAACAUUAACUUGACUGGCUGCACCAUCCGAACCGGUGAUGAUUGCAUUUCGAUUGUAAGUGGCGCCCGAAACGUUGUUGCAACAAAUAUUGCUUGCGGACCCGGGCACGGAAUUAGCAUUGGAAGCUUAGGAGCGGGAAAUUCGAAAGCUUACGUAUCUAAUGUUAUUGUGAACGGCGCAAAGCUCUCUAGGACUACAAAUGGAGUCCGAAUCAAGACGUGGCAGGGAGGUUCGGGAAGUGCAAGCAACAUCAAGUUUAAGAACAUAAAGAUGUAUGAUGUGAAGAACCCAAUUAUCAUCGACCAAAACUAUUGUGACCAAAACAAGCCUUGCAAAGAUAAUAAGAGAUCAAAUGUUCAAGUGAAAAAUGUGGUAUACGAGAACAUAUCUGGAACAAGCGCAACAGAAAUGGCGAUUGACUUUGAUUGUGACAAGAGACAUUCUUGCCGAGGAAUAAUAUUGCGCAAUGUCAAUUUGAAAAGGGAAGGAGGUGGAGAAGCAAAGGCUACAUGUAGAAAUGUACGCUUCAGCAAUAACAUUGCAAAUGAUAAUGUCUCACCACAAUGCCAGCUUGGAGAAGAUUAAGAUAUAUGCAGUAUUUAUUAGUCAAAUAAUAUUGUGAUGUCAUUUUAGAAGUAUAUAUUUAGUGUACAUCCAUAAAUGCACUUGUGAACUAUGGUUGAUAGAUUGUAAUUAGAUAUACAUACCACUCUACACAUAUUGUAUGCGAAUGUGAUAUUUGUACAGUACAUAAUUUAUUUGAUUGCAUUUGAAUAAAAAAUAAGGUUACUUGAAAUUUAUUUGAGUAGUGCAUA